AUUCAGUUGUGUGACUGCAUACAUUUGGGUAACUGUGAUAAGGACGGUGAAAUGGCAAGAACUAAGCAGACAGCUCGCAAAUCUACGGGUGGCAAAGCUCCCCGAAAGCAGCUUGCUACUAAAGCUGCUCGUAAGAGCGCUCCUGCUACCGGUGGGGUAAAGAAGCCUCACCGUUACAGGCCCGGCACGGUAGCUCUGCGAGAGAUUCGUCGCUACCAGAAGUCCACUGAACUGCUUAUCCGCAAGUUGCCUUUCCAGAGACUUGUGAGAGAAAUCGCCCAGGAUUUCAAGACCGAUCUCCGAUUCCAGAGCUCGGCUGUUAUGGCUCUGCAGGAAGCCAGUGAGGCUUACUUGGUCGGUCUGUUCGAAGACACCAACCUGUGUGCCAUCCACGCCAAGAGAGUGACAAUAAUGCCGAAGGAUAUCCAGCUGGCUCGCCGAAUUCGAGGGGAACGAGCUUAAGGACGCAGAUAAGCAUGGGAGAAAAAAAGGCUCUUUUU